AUGUGUAUCUUGGAUUUCUACUGUCAUAGGUGUGUACAUUUAUAUAAUUUACAGCAAAGAAUGAUAUCAAAUAUUGUGUGUGCCGUGAAUGAUUCACUUUACUACCAAAUGUUAUGUAAAGGUCUGGUAUUGUCGUUGUUCAAAUAUUCUCAAUUAUCCCAUCCUAAUAUAACUAUCUUAUUAGACGGCUCUAAUGUGGAACCGUUAAAUGAUCUUUUACUACAACAAUCAUCUCUCAAUAUACAAAAAAUACAGCCUUUGAAUAUAAUUUGUGGUUCAGUGGAAUCACGAACAACAUUUGCUCGUUUAGAAAUACCCUAUUUGACUGCUACAAAACAUUUUGAUCGUGUACUCUAUUUGGAUGUAGACACAUACUGUAUGAAUAACAUUGAAGAACUAUUCACAAUUGAAUUUGACACUGUUGCCAUGGUAGUACCUGGAAAAGAUUUGCAUAUAAAAAAGUUUAUGAAGCAACAGUUUAAUAAGAAUUUGCGACCAUUACGAUAUCGUUUAGAGUCCAGUCGAGAAGAUUUUAUAGUUGGUGCAAUCGAUCACAAAUAUUCUAACGCAGGUGUCAUGUUAAUUGAUGUAGAGAAAUUUCGAGAAAAGAAAGUGAAAGAGCAUGUUGAAGUCUUAGUAAAAACAUAUCCGGAUGACAUGCUAACAAGCGAUGAAAUGGCCUUAAAUUUAUUAUUUCGAGGACAAAUAACUGAAUUACCACAAGAAUUUAAUACAUUUUCGUUUAACUGUCAAUACAUAAACACACCUAGAAUAUGGCAUUUUAACAUAAAAAAACCGAUUAUUCAUACGUCACUGAACAAUUUUCCGAUAUGGUUAAACCUGUUUAACAAUAAAGACACAACCGUUCUUCGAGCAUUGAGCUUUGUUUUUAAUUGUUUUGGAAAGAAUAGAGUACUGGCAAUCAAAAGUGAUGCUUAUGAUCUCCUAGGAGAGACUAGAAGUGAAAAUAAUCUCAAACAAAUAGUGAAUAAACUACUUGUCGAUAAACAAUAA